CCCUUUAAGUCGCUGAAUGAGUUGUCUACUGGAAAGUUCAGAGGCCGCCACUCUGCUGUCCCGAUAUCCUGGCUGCUCACCAUGGAGCCCCAUUCCUGCCCCUGGUACGGUUUGCUUCCAGCUGGCAGGGGGCGCUCUAACAAAGACUCUGACACAUCCUGGGUGGGGCAGAGAAAUGUUCUUCCACUAACACCUGCUCUCACACAGUGCCAGGGGAAGAGGACUGCCUUAAUCUUUAAUGGGCACUGAGCGCGUUUCAAGAAUGUCAGUUUUUUUCCUGCACUUUUCCAAAAUGGCCAAACCCCAUUCGAUCUGGGAGAAAGUUUUGCGUAUUGCUGAAGGUUAGUUCCCUCACCUGUGCAUCGGAUACUAUAGUACCAGAACACAAACAAGCCGUGCAGGCGCGGCACAGUAAAGAAGUUCUGACAAUGUCAGCUCCGUGGGUGUGAGCUGCCCCACCCCGACUCCCUGCUUACUUGUGAUUGGUCAGCCUGCCUGCAGUGGGCGGGCUCGGUUUCCUGAGUGUAGGAGGCAGGGCGCACAUGUUGCCGGUGGUGCCCUGUGUGUAUGCUGGCAGCCCGCCUGUCACUCGGCAAGAUGCAGGAUGGUGGCAGCCUCUGGUAACAUAGUACCGCAGCCCACGGGCUCCGCUCUGCUGCAGCCCAUCAGCCAGCUACUCCAUACUCCUCUGGAACAGCUUGGAAUGAAGAAGAAGAAAUACAUGCCGUAUAAUCACCAGCACAAGUACUUCUUCUUCAUUGGGCCUCCAGCACUGAUUCCCGUCUAUUCCCAAUGGUAUAUUUUCUACUUUGCAAUACGGCACAAGAAGUGGGCGGACCUGGCCUGGAUGAUUUCUUUCUAUGUGAGGUUUGGUCUGUGUUACAUCCCGUUCCUGGGAGUGAGCGGCACCAUCGCUCUGUUCAUGGUGGUUUGGUGAGCACUGUUAUAAACAGAAGAUCAACGUCCAAGAGGUCACUGGGUUGGAAAGUCAGCAAGACAGCUCAACAGAGAACCCCAACAAUCUCCUGAAAUGUAAAAGAGAAGGUUUAUUGUUGAUGAUAAUGCAAGACAGUGUCCUGAAAAUUUAAGUGAUUAUGCUGUAUUUUCUGAUAAUCCCAAUGAGUCUGGUAAUAAUGCUAACCCCUCAGAACGCCCACAACAAGCACUUGUUAAACAUAAGGUCAAAUCCACAAAUAGUACUGUUACCCCAAAAAUACAUGAACCAGAAAAUUUUUUUUCCAUAACUCUCAUAAAUUAUCAAAAAUCUCUCAUGAAAAAAAAUGCAUGUUGUUUAUCUUGAUCUGUGUAUCGCCACAUGUUACAACAAGAGUUAGGGACGACAAGCCUUAUACGAGGCAGCUCUGUUAAAGAUGCAUGCGCAACAUUUAGGGCAGUGACACAUGGGGAGAAUAGUCGUCGCACGACAAAUCUUCAUUGUCGCGGAUGAUUUAUCUCCCCGCAAUGCCAUCCCAUCGGCUAGAAUGUAAAUCGCCGGUGGGAUGGCAUAUGCAGUGCCGCGACUUGCCAAAGUCGCCCGAAGUUUCCCCUUAAGGCAACUUCGGCAAAUCGCGGCGCCAUGUGCAACUAUUUUCACUCCAAAUAGUAUUGUUUCAG